AUGUUGCAACUACUCGAAGCGAAGGACGCCAAGGGGGAGAAAGCGGUGUACUCCUUGGUAGUAGGUACAGGUACAGCUAAGGUAAGAAGUAUGAUGAACUGUCAGAUGAUUUUAGUCGAUACAGUAAGAGCUUACCUACUCAGCUUCCUCCUUUUCUCUGCAAGGAGAAUCAAAUCUUUCAUCAUUUUCGCCACUUGGGAGGUGAGCCAGCACAUUGCACAAAAAAACACCAAGACGAUUAAUCAAUCUUAUGCCAGCACCAAUGCCGGUCUCCCAGCGGUGAGAGGGAAAUAA